UCUACUUAUUUAAAAUCAUUUUCUCUUUCAACCACUUCUCUUAUCAGGCUUCUCGUUGUUCAUAUUAAACUUUACUAUCGUGAUAUUGUACACUGAGAGACGCUUGCGCAGCCCGGUCAGUUUUAUUGUUUUGUAUCGUCUGGUCGACUCACUGACUACCAACUAUCAGACAAGGCUUAGCUGUUUUAUUUUGGUUAAUCCAUUCUCGUACAGCCUGAAAUUCAAGUAGAACUUAAAGAUUCUGAGAAAAUAUAAAUGAUGCAAGGUAAACGUACAGUACCAAAACUUUGGGACAUCAAAUGGUUCACAGUUCUCAUUUUAUCAUUUUGUCUUUCCAAUGUAAAAUGUCAGAACACAAGCGUCUCUGUCCCCACAACAUCAUCAGUGACCACAGAUAGUGUCAAUACUAUUAUAUCUACUUCAUUCUCCUCCAUAACCAAUGGACAAACCACAAAUACAGUGGCUUCAACAAAUUCAGUUACAUCACCUUCCUCUAUUCUUGGCUCAACAUCAGAAAUUACUACUCCUUCUACUAUUACUAUUACUUCUUCUCUUUCUUCUCUUUUUUUUUCUUCUUCUUCAUCUUCUUCUUCUUCUUCUUCUUCUUCUUCUUCUUCUCUCUCUCCUUCUCCUUCUUCUUCUCCUUCUUCAUCUUUUUCUCCUCCCUCUUCUACUUCUCUUUCUCCUUCCACCUCUUCUCUUUCUAACUCUCUUCCUUCUUCCACUUCUCUAACUUCCUCUCUCUCUCCUUCUUCUGCUUCAACGUUGUCCCCUACACUGCAGUCUUCUACAUCAGACAUUGAAUUUGGAACAACUACUUCGAGUUCAUCAUCUCCAGAUACAACAAGUAUAAAUUCCACCCCUACCAUGCAGAACACAUCUCAAGGAAGCACCAAUGUAACUCAGAGCUUUAUUUCGACUCCAUUCAUUUCCUCGACUCCUAUCUCAGCAGACAAAAGUACCAUCACUACCAACACAACAUCAACUGUAGUUGAAUCGCAAAGUGUUACUUUCAAUACAACAGCAAACGUAACGGAACCACCAGCGAUAACAAAGGGGAAUACAGUACAAGCUAUUACUACAAAGGGACCAGCAGUAAGCACAAGCGCACCAGUAACAAUGGCGCCAGUUAUCACCAAAUAUGAGCUCCCGUUUCAGAUGUCAUUCAACGCAACAUUCAAUACAACAUUACUCGAUCACAACUCUCUUCUUUACAGAACGUUGGCGCAAAAUAUUACUGGAGAGUUAACUGAAGUGUAUAAAGAUACACCAGGUUUCAUUUCAGUAUUAGUUACCGGAUUUAAGAGAGGUUCCACCCUCGUUGACUACGACCUUGUAGUACAUGGCUAUGUUGAUCAAGACAAGAUGAUUGACUUUAUUAAUUCGACGGGUUUGAACAAUAUGAAAACUGUUUCUACUCCUUUAGGAAAUCCAUCCAAUGUAGAGGAAGACAUGCUGAACAACAUUCAGCUAGGUAAGGAUUUGUCUGUAACAAGACAUAAAUUCCGGUAAAUUUUUACAUUAAGU